UUAAAUAUAAUAAGAUGAAAGUGUUGGGGUGAAAAUAGAAUAUCCAAGGACUUCGGCAUGGAAAGAUGGCGUGAUAAUGGAUAAUCCGGAUAGGCAUCACCGCUCAGUGUUGCGUAGUGAGCCCAUAAUAUCACCACAUCAAUCCUCACAGCCAUGGAUCGAUCGAACUACGUCCCGAGCACAUCCUUAGAAGAAUUCAGUAAGCAGCCUCUUCACGAUAUGAACCUAAAUUGGUCACCUACCGAUUGCAGAGCUAAUGAUCGCCCAGAAGGAGAAUUGAAAGACAAUUUAGCUGCAAGGAAAGUUCAGAAAGCUGAUCGGGAGAAACUGAGGAGGGAUCGUAUGAAUGAGCAGUUUGCCGAAUUGGGAAGCACUCUCGAUCCGGAUAGACCUAAAAAUGAUAAAGCCUCAAUCAUCAUUGAUACAAUUCAAAUGGUGAAGGAGUUAACGGAUCAAGUUAGCAGACUCAAGGAUGAGUAUACUGCUCUUACUGAAGAAUGUCGCGAGGUGAUGAUCCCCUGACUUAUAUCCCGUUUGUUGACUCAAGAAAAGAAUGAUCUUAGAGAAGAGAAGGCAUCCAUUAGAUCUGAUACUGAAAGUCUGAACGCUGAAUACCUACAAAGACUCAGGACUGUGUAUCCAUGGGCAGGGAUGGAGCAUCCGCUGGUCAUGUGCCCGCCUCCAUACCCGUACCCAGUACCCGUCCCAAUUCCAGCCGGACCAACUCCAUUGCAUCCACCAAUGCAACCUUACCCGUUCUUUGGCACCCCAAAUGCAGCUGUCAUGCACAACAAUUGCCCAACUUUUGUUCCAUAUAUGACACCCAAUCCAAUUAUCAAACAACCACCUGCACACAUCUACCCUGUCGCUCAACCUCAUAACCGAACCAUUCAUGGUUCAACAAAGCAGGACUCCAGAAAGAGGUCAGAUACUCAAACAAGUGAUGACUCAACAGAUGAUGUUGCAACAGAUUUAGAGCUCAAGACACCUGGAUCUACAUCUGAGGUGUCAUCAUCAGUACAAAAGAGGGCUAAGAAACGUGCAAUGGAGGAGAGCAGCCGGACCGAUGCAAGUUCUUCUAGCGUGUGUUCAUCAUCUCAAAGUGUUCAUGUUCUUUCAGCAAGCAGUGCAGUAGGUGGUGACACUAAGAAGGAUGAGAAACAGAGUAGUAGGGAGGUGUAAUAUCUCUGUCCAUAGAUUUGCAGUCUUUUAUGUUAUUAUCACCUAACUGUACUGUACCUUAAACAGUCUAACUUAGUGUCCAUGUAUUUAAUGCUAUUAAGUGAUGUCCAAUAAUGGCUGAUUAUUGAACUUAAUAAUAUUCGUUAUUUGUUAGGCAAUCCCGGAUUGAGAUUAUUUUCCUCAAUCCUAGUUGGUUGCAGAUGAUCUGG